GGAACCUUCCCUGGUCUUAUCCGCUGGAAAAUUCCGCGCGUCUCCCGCGGAGAGAGCGGGAAGAGGAACCCGCAGUAUCAUCGCGCGGCAUCGCCACGGGUAAACGCCGAAGAGGGCGACGAGAGAAGCGACCUGACUGAGCGGGGCGCAUUGCUUGCUACCCAUAAAAUCGCACCGGAUGUGAUAUUGGACGCUCGCCAGCGAGAACACGUGGCCGCGCGCGCGCGCGCCCGUCAACGACCACCUGCUCGUCGCUCGGUAGCUCGGGACCCCCUCAGGAUCCUCGCGCGUCGUCGUCGUCGUCGAGCGUCCGUGACGACAGGGUACGACGCGAGUUGACGAACCUCGUCGAGCGUCGUCGUCCGUAGGAGGCGCGGGACUAGCAAUCGCGAACCAUCUGCGCGGAGGACUCGUUCGAGAUCCGUGCGACGGUCGUCCGCUCUCUUCCGCGCAUGGACGCGACCGGUGUCCUGAGAAGAUAAACGGUGGCGCAGCGCACCGGCGGUGGAACCCGACGAGACUGGCAUCGUUAAAGUUGAUCCGCGGAAACGACCGGUCGUCUCGAUGGUGGAGUGUGCUAAUGUUAUAUAAUAGCAUGCAGUUCGCGUAUCGGUACACGUGGAACCGAGAGAUCAUCGUCAACUCCCAGAAGCUCGUGAAAAGACGUUGAAUCACCUACCGGAGCCGUCGCGCGAUCGCACGUGGGAGGAUCGCAACGUUCUUCCGCGCCUUUGUACGAGCCGCGGGCACGCUACGUCGGCGCCGCCGAAGGAACGACGACCGCGUUGGGACCGUCCCGAGACCACCAGACUCCCACCUGAUCUCUCCCUCUCUCCUCCCGUCCCUUUAACGAGGAAAACACCGAACCACGCGCAAUUACCAUGGCUGCCUUAUGUUACAGCGAACCCUUCUCAGAAUGGCUGGAGGAAAAGAUAGACCUGCCCAUAUUUGAAAAUAUAGAAACCCCUUACGAAAGCAUCCAAAGCAAACCGUCGCCAAUCGCCUAUCCAUUUAUCGCGAAGGUGUCGCAGCAGCAACAGCAGCAGCAGCAGCAGCAACAACAGCAGCAGCAGCAGCAACAGCAUACCACGGAUGCCUUCAUAGAUUUCGAUUCGAUUUAUUGCAACGUCAAGGCCUACCACCAGACUAUUCUACCGAACAGUUCGACACUCACACCCCCGCAAUCACCCUUGCAUAAAACAAUCAAUGUGGACACCCAGCUGCUGGUCACCCUGCAGCCCGUGCAGCCGCUUACCGGUGAUCAACCGAUAUACAUCGGUCCAUCGGAGGAGCCGCUGUACGCGAGCAACACGCUGCAUCAGUGGAACGCCGAAGACAUAUCACUGAGUCCGCUCGGCGAAGACGAAUUGGCCGUGGCAGACGAGUAUGUUCGUUCGCACACCAAGGAUAUUCCAUCUCCCUCGAGUCCAUGCAGUUCUGGCGGCAGUUGCAUCUCUGCCGACGACUCCACCGAUGAUCCCGAUUGGAGUCUCGAAACUGAGAAAAAAAGCUUGAAGCAAACGGUUCACGACUCUUCCAAGCAUCGCUACAAGCCGUACUCUCGAUCGUCCUUCGAGGACAAGAAGGUACGGAAAAAGGAGCAGAACAAGAACGCGGCCACGCGUUACAGGCAGAAGAAGAAGCAGGAGAUUCAGGAGAUACAAGGCGAAGAGCGCGAACUGAUGGAGCACAACGAGAAGCUAAAAGAGAAAGUGAAGGAUUUGCAGCAGCAGAUUGGAUAUCUGAAGGGAUUUAUGAGGGAGGUGUUCAAAGCUAAGGGUUUUCUUAAAUAAUCCAUUCGUCCAGGAACCUUCGCCGCUAUUAACAUUAUUGUUAAUUUUAGCUAUCCUGAUUUAUGAUCUAUUAGAUUUUAUUUUUUAGACGUUCACCUUUCUUUUCUGUCACUAACCAUUUUACAAUUGUAUCGUACUAAUAUUUACAGCAAUUCACACGUUAUCUAUCUGUUUGUAAUUUUUUUUUUCUUAACAAGUAUUUGUCAGUAUGUAUUUUACAUAUAUAGGUAUACGUAUACAUAACAACUUGUACGCAGCAUUUUAAAGAAUUUAUGAAUUAAAGUCUACAGAUUUUAAGAAUGAAAUGUACAUCCUAAUCACCUAGAGAACGGGGGUCUGUCAACAUCGGUAAGCACGGUACGUUAGAUGACGCGCGCAAAUUGUCGAGUGUGCACGUGAAGCUCUUACGAGCGGAGUCUUGCUCGCUCGUGCGCAUUCCACCAGUCACUUAUCGCACCCUCUCUCGAAUGCGAAUCUUUUCAUUCCGAUUAAUUUUUACCCUUUAUCACUUUAGUUAUACUUUCAUACGACGAAUUAUGUAGCAAAUAAUAAAUGGCUUCAAACAACGUG